GCUCAGCCAGCGCCUCAGCCCCUGCGGGCCCAUCAGCCCCCACCGGGAGGAGGAGCUGGGCGGGAGGGGGCUCAGGCCCUGGGUCAGCGGGCAGGGACCCCUGCCUCGGGCAGCCACCCUUGAGGGGCCGUGGACAAGCGUGAGGCGAAGGGGUCGUUCCCGACAGUGCAAAGUUUGGGGAGCACGAGAAAACUGGGCUGUGUCCUAGGUUGACUGUGGGCAGGACUGCCUGGGGCCCCAUGGUCGAAAAGGCCACGCCACAGGAGGGAAGGGGGAGAGGGUAUUGCCACCCCCACUUCAGACGGGACUGCGGCCUGCCACUGGGCUUCCCUCUAGGACGGGGGAGAACUUCGAGCCUGGAGCUGGCAGGGCCUGGAGCAAACCCCUCCUGCAGGCCACGUCCCCAGCCCAGGCCCGCUGGGGCUGCUCGGGCUCCGAGCCACAGGCAGGGCCACCCCAGAGGCACUGAGGGACUGGCCCUGAAAGAAGCUGGCAGAACAGCCGUGACACGAUGCCCGCUGUGGGAACAUUUCCUCCAGACCGAGGCCGGGAGGGCCCCGGCGUCCCACUGCCUUCUCCAUGCCCCUCUCAGGGGUCCUCCUGUCCACCGAGUCUGCGCCUCCAGUGUCAGACGGGCCCCUUGGUGGCGGACAUUCUGGCUCCUGACGGCAGGUCACCAGGUCCAGACAGCAAAAACGUACAAGGGGUUAGGACUUGGCACUUGGAGAAGGUUCGAGAGUUCCUGUCACACGGGAAAGACCGUUCUGAGCCCCAUCGGCAAGUGCUUGGCCUGGGGUAGGGUCCCUGGAGAUGGGGGAGAGGAGGGCGACUGGGUCCACCCUGUCCUGGAGGGGAGGGGACAGUUGCAGGGAGGGGAGGAGGAAGGAAGGCCAGGCCCUUCCCGAGGAGGGAGGGUGCCGGAUUUUCCCCAGGCGUGGCCCGGGGUAUAAAGGGCGCCGCAAGCCGGCUGCAGCCAGGGCAGCCACGGGUACGCCGCGACCGCCAGGUGCGCCGCCGCGGAGCCCGGAACCCAGCCCCCGCUGCGAUGGUGAGCCGCUCCUCUCCCCGCCCUCCAGCCUGGACGGUGCCGCCCGGCCUGCCGCCCGACACCCAGGCUGAGGACGUGGCGGCAGGGUCCAGGAAGCCGCCCAAAUCUGGGGGCAAAAGGGAGCCAGGAGCCCAGACCCCCCCGGGCCUCCGUUUCCCGACCUGUAGAGGGAGGCUACGUCCCCCUGCCCGCUUUCCACAGGGAGCAGAGCCCGCGGCGGGCAGGGCGGGGCCCCUCCCCGGGGCGCCGCUGGCCCCCCACCGCCUGGUCCACCAGCCGCUCCGUGUCCUCCUGCUCCUGCUCUGGCCGCCCACCAGCCUGGCUCUCCACAGCCCCCCACUCCGGCCAGGGGCCCGCACCCACACAGCCGGGACCCCGCGCUGCUACUCGGCGGCGGAGCUGCCCCUGGGCCACACCCCUCCCCACCUGCUGGCUCGAGCGGCCAAGUGGGAGCAGGCGUUGCCGGUGGCGCUGGUGUCCAGCUUGGAGGCGGCGGGCCGCAGGGGCCGGCACGCGGGAUCGCCGGCCGGGAACCAGUGCCCCGUGCUGCAGCCCGAGGAGGUGCUGGAAGCUGACGUCCACCGGCGCUCCAUCUCGCCCUGGAGAUACCGCGUGGACACGGACGAGAGCCGCUACCCCCAGAAGCUGGCCUUCGCCGAGUGCCUGUGCCGGGGCUGCAUCAGCGCCAAGACAGGCCGCGAGACGGCUGCGCUCAACUCGGUGCCGCUGGUCCAGAGCCUCCUGGUGCUGCGCCGCCGGCCCUGCUCCCGGGAUGCGGCGGGGGUGCCCACGCCCGGGGCCUUCACCUUCCACACCGAGUUCAUCCGAGUGCCCGUGGGCUGCACCUGUGUCCUGCCCAGGUCGGCCCGGUGAUCACUGGCUCGGCUCCUGGACUGGCCUCCAGGGACGCCCCUCCUAUUUAUGUGUAUUUAUCGGGUAUUUAUGUGCCCCCCUGGGGCCCUGGGCGGGUACCGAGGCUCCAGGCCUCUGCUUUGAGACCUGGCCUGGGAAGGGCCCAGCCCCCGGUGCCUGGGGGAUGACCCUGUGCUGGGCAGCCCCCAGCUGGAGAGGCAGUUUAUCCUUUGACAGAAACAGCUGGGCUAGAGGGAACAUUCUCACUCUUCUGGAACUUGCUAAAACACCUACAGAAAAGGGAAAAGGUGUGCUGAUGGCCACCUCCACUUCCUGGCCUCCUGGGGUCCCCUCACCCCAGCCCCCCGGGAGGAACAAGCACCCCUGUGUUUCUAAAACAGCUAUUUAUUUUACACGUGAA